GUUAGAAUGGUUGCGUGUUUUCAUAGCGAAGCCUCAAUUGAUAGUUCAAGUAAAGUAUAAGAUCUUCUUUCAGUUCUCGUCAUUGUCUCUCUUUACUCGGAUCGGUAUAAGAGAAGUAGAAGAAGUUGAGUGAGACAAGCGUGAUAAUUUGAGCAUCAUCAGUCAAGCUAAAUUCGUUCACACGACGAAAAAACAGCGAAUUUUCGUGAAAUUUAACAAGAUGAAGUUAUUCUUAGCAUUUGUCCUCUACUUCCAAAUUGUUACUGCGGCACAAGUUUUUGAAAAAAAUGAAAAAAAUUCAGAUGUGGUCGAUGCAGCUGAAUUCGAUUCAGAGAAAUCUGUCACCGAACUUAGUUAUGGAGACAAUACUAUCAAGAUUCCCACAACGUUAAUUCCAUCAAGCAAAGAGGAUCAAUUACGUACUUUUAUUGCAAAGAAUCAAACAUCCGAAGUUUCGAAGCUUAUAAGAGAAGGUGUAAACCUGAAUGUUCUAUACAGUGAUGGAGAAUAUCCGCUUGUACUUUCUACUAAGGAAGGUAAAAGUGACAUCGCUAAAUUGCUUCUCGAUAAUGGGGCUAUAGCUAACGUCAGAGAUGGAUGGUUUCUGACUCCACUUCACUGGGCUGCUAAGAAGGGUAACGAAGAAAUGGUUCGCCGUCUCAUUGCGAAUGGGGCUGAUGUUAAUGGUCUGGAUUAUCUUAAUCGAACUGCACUCCAUGCGGCUUCUCACGAAGGACAAGCCAAAACUGCCAAAAUCCUCAUAGACCAUGGAGCUUUACUAGACGAAGUCGAUACUUUCGGAUACACGGCCCUCCAUCUCGCUGCAUUAAAAGGCAAGUUUGAAGCUGCUAAAGUCCUGAUUGACGGUGGAGCAGACGAGAAUGCCAUAGUAUAUUUCAACAGAUCACCACUUCAUUUAGCAGCCAAAUCAGGUGAAGCAAAAAUUGUGAAACUUCUAAUUGACAAGGGGGUACAAGUUGAUGCUAGAGACGGACUUGAUUUUACUGCCUUACACACUGCAUCUCAUUAUGGUAAACUUGAAGCUGUCAAAGCCCUAAUUGAAGGUGGAGCUGAUAUAAAUGCUAAGGUUUUACAUAAAAAGACUUCAGUUCACAUUGCCACCAGAGAAGGUCACCGAGAUGUUGUGAAAUUUUUGGUUGAGAAAGGAGCACAAGUUGAUGCUAGAGAUGUGUUUGAACACACACCUUUACAUGUAGCUUUAGCCGCUGAAAAUGGAACAAUUGAAACAGCUAAAAUCCUUGUCGAAUAUGGUGCUGAUGUGAAUGCUGAAGUUUGGCUGGCAGCGAAAUGGACGCCACUUCAUCUGGCCACAAUUGAGGGCAAAGAGGAUAUCGUGAAAAUGCUUAUCGAACAUGGAGCUGAUGUUAAUGCCAGAGAUCUACUUAAUCGGACACCGCAUGACAUUGCGUUUAUCAAAGAUCAAAAAGAAAUUGCGCAAAUCUUGCGUGAAAAUGGUGCUGAGGUUAGAACAAACAUGGAAUGGGAUGCGUCCGAGUCUUUGAAAUUGGAAUCAUUACGAAAUAAAAUGAAUACUUUGAAGGCGAUCAUUGAACACAGCGAACGAGGUGAAAACGUUAAGCCAAACGAUGUGGAUCUAAUAUCAUAUGAUUUUGAUGAUGUCGCUGAGUGAAUUAUUGGACAAAAAUUACAUCACUAUGAAAGAGAUUGAG